AAACCCGUCUGAAAAUACGCUCCUGGAAGAUGCUGUCGCGUUUGUUCGUGCUGUUCUUCUUCUUGGCCGUUUCCUCGGCGGAGCAACGGCCAUCCGAGAAUGUCGACGAGAAAUGCAUAGAGGAUCAUCCAAUACUGAUCCAUUUCUUCUCGUGGGCGGACUACGUGGUGUUCGCCGGGAUGCUGAUCAUUUCGAGCCUGAUCGGCACCUUCUACGGUUUCUUCUCGAAGAAACAGGAGACCAGCGAGGACUUUCUUCUCGGCGGUUCGAGCAUGGGGACAUUUCCCAUGGCUAUGUCCCUGGCCGCCAGUUUCAUCACCGCCAUAGAACUUCUUGGAAAUCCUGCGGAAAUGUAUUCACAGGGAACACAGUUCUGGAUGACCUGUCUGGCGUUCCUGCUGGUCGUACCGAUUACCUCGCACCUGUACCUGCCGGUUUACAUGAAACUACGGUUGACCUCCAGCUACGAGUAUCUGAACCUCCGGUUCGAUCGUCAUUGUAGACUGCUCGCGAGCGGAUUGUACAUGAUGCAGAUGAUCCUGUACACGUCCGUCGCAGUGUACGCACCUGCGUUAGCUUUAAGUCACGUCACUGGUCUGAAUACUUAUAUAGCUGUAACUCUAGUCUACGUAGUCUGUAUCUUCUAUGCCUCACAGGGUGGAAUGAAAGCCGUCAUAAUGACGGACACUUUCCAAGUAGCGGUUCUACUUGGCUCUCUGUUCCUCAUCGCUGGCUACGGUUUAGCCUGGGAGGGCGGUAUCGCCUCGGUCUGGGACGUCAACCAGAAAUCAGGGCGAAUGGAGUUCUUCAACAUGGACGUCAGGCCCACCGUCAGGCACAGCUUCUGGAGCGUGGUGAUUGGUGGGACUGUUUAUUGGACCACUAUGUUCUGCAGCAAUCAGGCUUCCGUCCAAAAGUACCUCAGCGUGGAGACCAUUGGUCAAGUGAGAACGGCGUUGUGGGUGUCUGCCUUCGGCAUGAUCAUCAUCUACACCGUGAACUUCUUGACAGGUAUGGUUCUCUACAGCACUUACAGAGACUGUGAUCCUUUGUUGGCUGGCCACAUCACUGGCCAGGACCAACUCCUCCCACUGUAUGUAAUGAACUUCAUGGGUAGCCUACAGGGUAUGCCUGGUUUCUUCGUCGCUGGAAUCUUUGCUGCCUCUUUAGGGACUGUAGCUAGUGCCCUGAAUUCUCUGGCAGCCAUUACCUGCGAGGACAUCCUUCAGGGAUUAUUAAAGAUAAACUUGCCAGCCAGUAAAGGCGCUAUCUACGCCAGGUGGAUCAGCAUCUUCUUCGGUGCCUUUAGCUUCGCCUUGGUCUUCCUCGUGGAACGUCUUGGAAGUGUUCUUGAGGUUGCAUUAUCGUUUAACGGGAUGGUCGGAGGUAUCACCCUGGGAUUAUUCUCUCUAGGCAUGUUCGUGCCAUGGGCAAACGCGAAAGGAGCAAUUACAGGAGCCAUUACCAGUCUGAUAAUCGUUCUAUGGAUCGGACUCGGAGCUCAAGUUGCUAUUCUCAAUGGCCACCUCCACUUGGACAGCAGGCCCGUGUCGAUCGAUGCUUGUCCUUGCAUCAUAAACACGACUGCUAUUAUCGAGAGCCAUUCAACCGAUGAUAGCGACGAUGUCGCUUCGAUCUAUAAGAUCAGCUACCUGUGGUACAGCGCGAUUGGGUGCAUCCUGACUGUGUUAGUGGGCGUGGUGGUCAGCUAUGUGACAGGUUUCCAGGACCCGGCUGAUCUCGACCAUGAUCUCCUGAGCCCUCCAAUCGCCUCUCUGUUCUGUAUGCAGACGAAGCCGCGCGCCAAUAACGUUCAAGGGAUCACGAACUUCGGUCUGGAGCUCGACGACGAGAAAUCCCAGGUGGAGACCAACAAAAACGUAAAGUGAAGGGGACACAGGCUGCCCUGUACAACUAGGAACACAGUAUUUCAGAGGACAGAGAGACCCUGAUAAGUCUUAUUCUUCUUCGAUCUUCCUAGGAAAGAAGAAAUCGUAUUUAUUUCUCUGUUCUUGAUGAUUCGAUCGUUCAAGGUUGUCCCGCGAUUAGACUUCGAAUAUCGUCCAGACUGCAUUAAACAACAUUAUACUUUAGUCUGUUGAUGAACAUGAGUUUUUAAAGGGCUUAAAAAACAUUAAGAUUCUGGAAAUAAUGAAUAAAGUAAAACUAGUGUUUCGAAGACAUACAUAUUUAAAUAAAAUGAAAAUCAAGUUUCUCCAUGUAUCAAUGUCUAAGUCUUCGGGAAGAACGAAGUCAGCUUAGAGAACGAAC